CCGAAAACUUCCCCACAGGAAGAAGACGACGAAGAAGGAGUUAGCCUUGACGUCUGGUCGUGGAUCCAGUGAUGCCAUAGAGGUAGGAGGCACUGCCAGGGCUCCUCCACCGGAGGACGAGAGGUCUCCUUAGCAAUGGCAACCGAACUUCAUGAGACCAUAUUCAUGGCCAAGCAGGAGCGCCACAAAAACCUGUUUCUUAACUACAAAAACCUGAACAUUUUCCCCGUGGAGCUGCUGAAAGAUGAAGGCCUGCAGUUUCUGGAGAGACUUUACAUGAAGAGAAACUCACUCACUACACUGCCUGACAAUCUUGCUCAAAAGCUCCCAAAUCUCAUUGAACUGUAUUUGCACUCAAACAAUUUGGUCAUUAUUCCCGAGGCUAUUGGAAACUUGGCCAGACUGCAGUCGUUAGACCUGAGCAAUAAUGCCCUGCAGGUUCUCUGUCCAGAGAUCGGCAGAUUGAGGUCUUUGCGGCACCUGAGACUGUCCAAUAACCAGCUCAAAUGCCUUCCUCCAGGUAAGACACAACAGUUGUCUGUCUUGUUUUUAGAUUUCCUUUUAGAGGCUUAA